UGAAUUCCGAGCUUCUUUAUCAGCCUUUCCUGAGAAUGAAAUUGAUGCGUUGGUGGACUCUGAUUUUGUAAAUUGGUACAAGUAUCAGAUCAAUAGUCGUGGGAUUGUCGACCCUUUGUUAGUAUCAUUAGCGUGGGGUCCAGGUGCCAGUGCCAAAGUGUGGCGGCAAUAUGUGAUAAACGGUUACACAUAUCACACAGCCGAUUACGGAGAGGGCCGACCAACAACGAACAGCGGGUUAUGUGUCCCGACCAUCGGUUAUGAUAACUCGGAAACCAAAUUUUUUGGUGUCCUGCAGGAGAUUCUGGAACUUGAGAUGCCUUCUUGUGCGAAAAAAUUGACAUGCGUUCUGUUCCGUUGCACAUGGGUCGACCCCACACGUGGCGUGCGCAAAAAUCCGAAGUAUAAUAUGAUUGACGUCAACCUCUCUCGUGUGUACCCAAAAAAUGAGCCUUUCAUACUCGCCCAACAAGCAGCGCAGAUUUAUUAUGCAGAAUAUCCUUCAACAAGGCGGACACAGAAUCCUUGGGUGUGUGCAUGUCCUGUCCGUCCGAACAAAAUAAAAUCACAAACUCAAC